UCUCGGCCCCCCCUCUGCUUUCUCUCUCUCUCUCUCUCUCUCUCUAGUUUUCUCUUCCCGGCCCCCAGCGAAAGGCAGCCAUGAAAUUCGGCAAGAGCCUCAGCAACCAGAUCGAGGAGACGCUGCCCGAAUGGCGCGAGAAGUUCCUGUCCUACAAGGACCUCAAGAAGCGGUUGAAGCUGAUCGAUCCCAAGGGCGGCGACCGCCCCAGCAAGCGGCCGCGGCUCGAGGAGGAGGCCGGCGGCGGCGGCGAGGGCAUGACGAAGGAGGAGAUCGAGUUCAUCCGGCUGCUGGAGGACGAAUUGGAGAAGUUCAACAACUUCUUCGUCGAGAAGGAGGAGGAGUACAUCAUCAAAUUGAAGGAAUUACAGGAUAGAGUAGGAAAGGCCAAGGAUUCUAAUGAAGAGAUGAUCAAGAUUAGGAAGGAGAUUGUGGAUUUCCAUGGGGAGAUGGUCUUGUUAGAGAACUAUAGCGCCCUCAACUAUACAGGGCUGGUGAAAAUCCUGAAGAAGUAUGACAAAAGGACCGGAGCUCUGAUGCGCUUGCCCUUCAUCCAACGUGUCCUGCAACAGCCCUUCUUCACCACUGACAUGAUUUACAAGCUCGUGAAGGAGUGCGAGAAGAUGAUCGAUCAACUCUUCCCCGCGCACGAACCUCCUCCGCCGGCGGCCGAGCCGGCGAGAGUGGACGACGAAGGCUUGGACCCCACGACCUCCACCUCCACCAACGACGAUGGCGUGCUCCGUGUUCCCAAGGAGCUCGCAGAGAUCGAGCACAUGGAGAGCUUAUACAUGAAGAGCACGAUAUCGGCUCUUCGAGUCCUCAAGGAGAUCCGGAGCGGUAGCUCGACGGUCAGUGUAUUCUCGUUGCCGCCGCUGCAACUGAGCAGUCUGGAGGAGACGUGGAAGAAAGUCCCGCUCCUGGAGCAAGAAGCUAAGUAGCUGUUCUCAUGAUAGUUUUCUCCUCAAAACCUUUUUCAUCUUUUACUCUUCGUAGCUGCAUACAGUGUAAUGUGCUAUAAGAUUCCUGGGGAACUAAUCCUGUAAGUAAACAAGAUGCAUAACUUGUGUACUAAAGGAUUUGCGUCCCUAGUAGAAUACUUACUGUACUAAAAGAUGUGCUUAAAUAUCUUGAUGUGAGACUCGAGCUACAUC